AGUUGGUCCUGUCGUGUUGACGUGCUAGAAGAGGUUUGCUUGAAAAGGCACAACUAUCAACACAUUUGAGGAUGUAUGUUUGACCAGAAAGAACAUACUAAUUGAAACAUUGUAUUCAACCAAGCGUAACCCCCCAUAUCAAAAUCAACAAAAAUGCCGCCCCCGACGACCCAUGAUCCAUCUAUCCGCAGGCCUGUUACGUCAACUACGAUGAAGACAAGCAGCGCCAAGCAGCACGGCAUCGUCCCCGGGUUGGAAACGGAAGAUUUAUUUUCCAAUCGAUCAAGAACAAGGUCCACCGACGCUGGUGGGGCACCAGCUGCGUCAUCUUCUUCUGCCGGGACUACGCCUGUGAAAAAUAACCAUACUGUGUACGACGGACAAAGUCACCAUCAAACGUCUGCGGGGGCGGUCGAAAUCAAGUAUCAUAACGCAACAUCGCCCAGUCAAACCAACCGUGAUCAUUGUGGUGGGACGACGAGCAGCUCUGGCGCGGAAGGUCUCGACGUAAAUAAAAUAUCCUUGUGUACUAGUACAUCGCAAAAAUCUACUCCUCACAACCUCAGCGACCACUUUAUGGCGUUCUCAACUGUUACAUUCUCAACUGUUACAUGGAUUUGUGAUGCAAGAAUGAGAAAAGUGAAAGAGGGGAGAUUGCGCCUGUAGCAUUACAAGUUCCACACAGAUUUAGGUGCUGUUUAGCCCUAGGUAAACUUGUCAUGCGAAGCAGCUUGGUCGCGUGGGUGAUGAUGGUGCUUUUGCAUGACAAAUUUAUGUAACAGUUGAGAAUGUAACGUUUGAGAACCCCAUACACUUCUCGCCCCCGACCCUGACUUCCUACGAGUUUGAGUUUGGAAAAAAAACUUCUUUUGUCGAAGACUAUUUCCCUGAGGCGGCAGAAUGCAAGAAAAGGCAAACCCUGUCCCUGUUCCGGUCGCCAGACCAGCAGUUUCGGUUCCGGACCAGAAUUUCAGUGGUGAAAGUCAGUUUUGUGCGGAAAGUGGUGGAGCUGUGGCGGAUGUCGUCGUCGUCGGGUGGGUUAUUUUCUCAAAAACAAAGUUGUUCUCCUGCAGUGGAGGUCGCGGACGCGGUAGUCAGAGGGGAAAAAGCAGAAACGAAUAGCGCAGCUUCGUGUGGGUGUGGUGAUGAUUCUCCCAGCUCAAGCACCGGCGCGGGUGGAAGAAGUAGUGCUCCUACCACUUCGAAAACGUCAGCGUCACCUUCUGACCCCCCAAGCUGCGGCACUACCACUAGUGGUCCUCCCCCGCCCGGCGCUCCUGAUCAUUUCCUGAAACUCCCUCUCGUGUGGUUUUUCCACGUUUAUAACCGAAAUUUCAUCGGGCGUCGGAAGGUCGAGUGCGAAAUGAGGAAGUGGGAGGACGAGCUGGCGGAACGGAGCACCAAACAAGGGAAGAAGAACGGUGAGCAUUGUUCUUCUACAACUACAAGAAACUACAACGACGUCGACGAAGCUGAUGAACAUCGAGAGGACCACCAGGGCGAGGAACAAAACAAGAAGAACGUGGAUCGCGAUACUACAACGCAGGUCGUUUCGGAAACAAUCGCUGAGAUCCUGAAGUUGUCCAAGUUGCAUUUCAUAUUGUUCGACGCCGAGCCUGUGCUGAAGUGCAUGAACAAAAAUAAUUUUUCAUCGCCUGCUCCUGCUCCGGUGUCGUGCAAGGUAAAGAAGAACGCGAACGACGUUCUGUCAGAAAUCGUCAUUCGCGAGACCGUCCCGGAGCGGAUGUCUAUUACGAGCUUGGCGAAGGGGCUGCAAGUCGUCUGCGACGACAGCUUCUUUUUAAACACGCAAGUCCGCUGUUUGUUGCACAAUUUCCGCGGCGAGGCCUUCACGGGCAUGCAGCUGCACACGGUGACGACGGGGCUUGACAUGGUUUGCCAGUUUCUAUUCGACGGGAACAAGCUGGAGGUGUGCGCAAGUUCGACAGGUACUGGCUCUGGUGAUCGUGGUUCUCGUCCGCUGCUGCUUAAGGAUGUUCUUCGUCUUCCGGAGCAGCAUUCAGCUGGAAAUAAUAAUAAACAAGCCGAACAAGAUGAAAAUAACGGACGAGCACGAGUCCACCUCGAAUUAAAUGGGAAAAAGAUCGACCCCAGCUGUGAAGUAGACCGCGGCAAAGGCUUUGUUCCAACUUCGGACGACCUCGGUGAUGCGGAAAACGCGGGAGGCGGCGGAGCUCCCCCUGCAGCCAACAUUUGCACAGCCACCGCCCCCUGUGCUGUUUCCACACGACCACAAGCACCUGCACCAGGAAAUAAGGCUGACAACUUCGCUGUUGAAGCUGAAGAACAGAAACAAAACCUCUCCUUUGAUUCUCCGGAGGAAUUGGCUCCAUUCCUCCACGAGUUGUUUUUCGAAAGAUCCGCAUACGAUUUUGAACAGCGCCGUUCGGAGGUGCCCACUUAUUCGACGACAAAUUCUGCUAAAAAGGCGGCUCUACUAGUUGACGGCGCAGCUCCAGAUGAACGAAAAGAACGACAAGAACAUCCCGGAGGAGAAGUGCUCCCUCCUUCUUCCCAUCCCGACACUACUACUGUCACACGCACCUUCCUCUUUUCCACCAAGGAUCGGCUGAUUGUGCUAAAAAAAUCGGGGAAGAAACAGAGUCCAGCGCAAAUCUCUUGGGCGACAACCGCGGAAACCUGCCGGAGGCUGGCGGCAAAGGUAACGUUGCGGGAGUCACUGCAGAUCGAGAAUAAAACGAGUUGUAAGGCGAAGACGAUGAUGAACAAGCACUCGAUGGGAUUUGAGUUUGAGGACCACGCGAAUUAUAGCAAAAGUGUACACGACGGCGACCUCCAGGCCACCACGACCGCAAGGGGUAUGAAAAAGAGCAAAAACUUCUUCGAAAUCCACUACGCUCUGGUGUUCAAUUCCUUCAGUAACCCAAACCCCUGGAUUCAGAUCAGCACGGCGCAGUGGCUCCGGGCCAUGGUGAAGAAGUACAAGAAAUGUUGGUUGCCGGAGCAGGAGAGCAACCACAUCAGCAGACAACAGAACACUUCUAUCACGUCCUCCCCGACGAGGACAACUUCCCUCUUGGAGCUGUACUGCGGUAUUGGGAGUCACACGAUCGCGCUCAGUGACCUCUUCGACGAGAUUCACGCGGUUGAGAUCGAUGCGAACCUAGUGCAGAUGCUGGAAAGGAAUAUUCAGCUAAACGGGUUGGUGGCCGGUUCUCCAGAAAUAGCAAAACCAACAGGAAGUAGUUGUAGAACUCAAAUCCACGCGAUUCUCGCGCCGAGUCAGAAGGCCUGCAAGGAGUUCCAGAAAAACGAAGCCGUGAUUGCGCGCGCGAAGGCUAUGGGAGUGUCAGGAUUGAAAUCGACAAAGUUGAAACAACUUGCAAUGCAUAAAGUCGAUACCAGUUCUUGAAAGCCCAAUUUCCAAGCGGCGCAUGACAAAUUUUCGGAGCACUUGAAUCCAGUUUGUCAUGCUGUUUGGGCACAGAAGACUGCUUUUGUCAUGCUACUUUAGCAGCUCUAUCCCAAACCCUAAAUAGGCUCACAAUCUGCCUCACUUGCCAUCCCUGCAAGAGAGGCACUUCAUGUCUUGCAAUUUAUGCAUGAGAAAUUAUUUCAACUUUGACGAUUUCAAUCCUGACGCUUCCAUAAAGGCGGACGAUUCCUGGGUGCUCGUGGACCCGCCGAGGGAGGGUCUGCAGCACGCGUCCAGCAACGGGAAACAGGGGGAGAAAAGGAAAACUCGCGUCGACAAGACUACUUUGAAAUUCGUUUCCCAGUUCGACAAAAUUCUCUACAUCUCCUGCUCGCCCAGCAGCUUGCGGCGGGAUCUGGACGUGUUGGCAGGGACGCACUCCGUUUCGGAGUGGGCGGUGCUGGACCACUUUCCCUUCACGCCCCACAUCGAAAACGGGGUUUUGCUCUCCAGGAAAUAAUGAUGAUGUCGAAAUGAAGAUAAAUAGACGUAAUUAUCGUGGUGGAUAAAGAUCCUUCGAGCUUGGUCGCAACUGUGUAACGUUUUGCGAGAGAAAUCACGACAAGCAACGACAAGAGCUCCUUCUCGUCUCAAACGGGAAACAAUAUACAAAUUUGGGAUCGAUAUAAGAAAACGUUUCAAGGACUUGGCUCCGAUCUCAAUUUACAACUUCACACCUCCUUCUUCUUUAAGUGCAUUAUAAGGUUGUACCCGCAUAAUUGCUAUCGUCCAAUUUUCUUCGUUGCACCUGAGUAGGCGAUCCUCGAUGAACGCGAGCACCAUUUGUUUCUUCAUCAACAAGCGACACACACUGACACAGACGUACUCGACAGAGAAGUUCAAAGAAAUGGCUCUAC